UUCCGCCUACGAGUGUCGAUUGUUCCUCUCAUCUUGGUGCUAACGUUAGCUCGUUAGCUAGCAUUAGCUAACUUGCUACCAGCCGGUGAAAACGUAGCCCAGGAUAUGUUUUUGUUUUUCUCUUAAACCAGCCCGUCAGCGACGGCUCUCUAGUCAAGUAGCUAUUGUGAUCUUGUGCCGUUGUGUCACCCCUGCCCGGGUGCCAUGGUCCUCAGUUACACAUGAGCUCUACUAUGUGGUACAUCAUGCAAAGCAUUCAAAGUAAAUACUCCUUGUCUGAGCGGCUCAUCCGCACCAUCGCAGCCAUCCGCUCAUUCCCACACGACAAUGUGGAGGAUCUCAUUCGUAAGGGAGCUGAUGUGAACCGGAUGCAUGGCACACUUAAGCCCCUGCACUGUGCCUGUAUGGUCGCUGAUGCUGACUGCGUGGAGCUGUUGUUGGAGAAAGGGGCAGAGGUGAAUGCUUUGGACGGAUAUAACCGCACAGCACUGCACUAUGCUGCAGAAAAGGAUGAGAGCUGCGUGGAGCUGCUGUUGGAGUACGGGGCCCAGCCAAAUGCCCUGGAUGGCAACAAGGACACCCCACUUCACUGGGCCGCCUUCAAAGAUAACCCAGAGUGUGUGAGGGCUCUGCUGGAGAGCGGGGCCUGUCCCAAUGCACGGGACUACAACAAUGACACGCCUUUGAGUUGGGCAGCAAUGAAAGGCAACUUGGAGAGUGUCAAAGUACUAUUAGACUAUGGAGCCCAGGUCCAUGUGACCAACCUGAAGGGCCAGACCCCUAUUUCCCGACUGGUGGCUCUGUUGGCCCGGGGCCUGGGCACUGAACAGGAGGAGGAGUGCCUAGAGCUGCUGUGCCGAGCGGCAGGGCGAUUUGAGAUACGACGGGCUGACGGCACCCUUCCCAGGGAGCUGAGUAAGGAUCCCCAGCUCCUGGCGAGGCUGACCAACAUGGUGGCUCAGGCUCCUACGCUUCGCUCUCUGGCACGCUGUGCUGUCCGGCAGAGUCUUGGAGUCCAGUUCCUCCCAACUGCUGUAAAAGAGCUUCCUUUACCAGAGACUAUCAAAGACUAUUUACUGCUGAGGGACUGAGGUGAUGAAACCAUUAGACAGCUCAUCACAUUGCAUUUAUUGGCAAGAAAAGUCAGUUGAAACAUAGGAUAUUGUCUGACAGUGGCCCUCAUUAAUCAAACCUUCUUGCAAAUGAAUAUAGAUUUGUGCACCGGGAAAAACCUCUUCUAGUCUUUUUUUAAUUAUCUAGUGGUUGCACAACAUCUAAAUGAGCAGAUUGUUAAGUUUGAUAAGUGUCAGUUGUUGGACAAAGACUGCACCAGUCCAUGUUUUUUUUAAUUUCUCGCCCCACCAUGUAUGCAUUACAGAAAUUAACAACAUCGGGAUUGUUGGGCUACAACAACAACAUGAAGCUAGUUGUCUUCAAUCAUCCAUCUGUUCAUAAAGAGCCAGUGCAUCUUUCAAAUUUUAACUAGGUUUAUUAAAAAACAAAUUGUAUGCAAAAUUCACGAUUAUGUAUUGAAUAUUACAUUUUAAAAUGUAAAUGUUAUUGAGUUUGGUGUUAAAAUUAGUAUAUUCUCAUUGUAAGAUUAGAUUUAAAUGUACGAGGUUUAAUGAAUGAGGGAUAAUGUCUGAUGAUGCAGGCUGUCCAGUAAUUCUGUCACAAGAUGCAGUUCCUGAAGUAGUGCUCGGGAACGAAUGCUAUGUAGUUAGUAUGAUAGUUGAAGUGGCCAUCUCUCUCUCAAUGACGUCCCAGUGAACUCACAAUGCAAGGAAUUUUGAAAUACCAAUAAACAAAAAAAUAAAAAAUAAAUAUAAAGAUUGUUAUGUAGAAGCAACAAAAAGUUGCAGAAUAAUAUAAUUGAUUUGACAGAUUGGUUCACACUCUCUAAUUUUGCCUCCAUCUAGUCCUCUGAAAAUGUUCAACGCUGAUAAAAGUGAUGUCAACAUGCCUGCUGUCAUUUCCUAUUUAUUUGGGCUUUAUUUUAAUGAAGGGUGCAGUUGCAGUUGCCAAGAGGGAAUAAAAUGCUCUUGUUUUUUUUUAACAGUGGACGUUUUCAAGGGUGCUCCCUCGUCCAGAAUUUUGCAGCAUAUACUUUAUUUUAAAUUAAUGUUAGAACCAUGAAAUAGCAUGAAUACUAAGUUUUUGUCCUUGAACAAAUCACUAAAUAAGCUUGCAAAAUGUAUUUACGUUUGUUAUGGCAUCUGUCUAAAAUCUGACCUUUUCUGUGCUUGAUUUUGUUUUGAUGCUUGUUCUGUAUAAACAUUAACCCCUUAGAUCAUGUCUAGUGUACAGCAAAAGUGCUUUUUUUUCUUUGUCAACGUAAUGAAAGUAAAUGCCUUUACAGUAUAUCCAAA